CCAAGAUCUUGUACGGAGUAUUACUGAAUAAAAUCAGUCCAACGCUCACUUCCCAAACCCUUUCCAACAGAAUCAGAAAUGACGACCGGUUUGAAGAAGAAUCGGAAGAAGCGCGGCCAUGUCAGCGCCGGUCACGGGCGGAUAGGUAAGCACCGCAAACAUCCCAGUGGUCGCGGUAACGCCGGCGGUAUGCAUCACCACCGGAUCCUGUUCGACAAGUAUCACCCUGGCUAUUUCGGGAAGGUCGGUAUGCGAUAUUUCCAUAAGCUCAGGAACAAGUUCUUUUGCCCCACGGUGAACAUCGACAAGAUCUGGUCCCUUCUCCCGCCGGAGGCGAAGGAAAAGGCGGCCAAGAGCAAGGAUUCCGCUCCCCUUGUCGACGUCACCCAGUUCGGCUACUUUAAGGUGUUAGGUAAGGGUGUCUUGCCGCCAUCCCAGCCAUUUGUGGUGAAGGCGAAGCUCAUCUCUAAGACGGCUGAGAGGAAGAUUAAGGCGGCCGGUGGUGCCGUCCUCCUAACAGCAUAGGUUUAUUUCUUUUUCAGUUUUACUUUGUUUGAUGCCUUUUUGGUCUAUGAAAUUUUCCCUGACUUUUGCAAUGAACUGGUUAAGAAUUGUGUGUUUAUUCCUCGUCUAUCAUAUAUUUAGUUUUUCGUGUUUCAAACAAAAAGAGAGAAUAAAAGCAGUCCAGCACUACCAGCUCCCAACAUUGUCCAUGAUUAUCAAUUGUUAUCUGUAAGCAAAAACAUACUAAGUGUGGCUCUGGGAGUUGAACCAACCGGCUUUGAACAUUGAGACCCUAUGAACAGCCCAUUUUAUAGCCUCAUUUUUCAUCAUUCUCAUACUUGAUGUAUUGAGCCUUAGCUAAAGCAUAAAUAGCAGCAAUCUAAUCACGAGCAUCUUUCAUAAGGAAUACGUUUUCCAACAUCGUAUACGACAUUCAGGAAUAUCCAUACGAGCAGGCAAAAUCAUAUUGAAAUCCUGAUUUUCAUAGCUGAGGAUGCUAUCAGGGGAUCAUAGAAAAGCAGACUUUCGAGCUCACAAAUAAAAUCCCAAGCGUAGAGCAAGUCUUCCUUACUAUAGGGAUGAUGGAUUGGCUUAUUUGAAUUUAGGAUAUUGCCCUUGGAGUCAAUGAAAUCCAUGGGAUCAACCAAUUCCAAUAGCUUGCUAAUCUUACCUAGCUUUUUGUCAUCAUCAUCAUUAGGUUUUCUGCCAACAUACAUGAUACAUCAAUAACCCAUUCAUGGCUCCUUUUCCUAAACGUCUGAGCAUCCGGUUGUUGAUCACUAAUGUUCUUCUACGCUUCUAGCUAGAUGGUUUUGUAGAAGUUAUGGAGAUGAAGAUGAGUUACCUAUUGAGAUUCUAGGACAGAUUGUGAAGAACUCAAAUCAUUUGUUCAAACAUAUCUAUACAGGUGGAACUCAGAAGUGUGCAGGAAAUGUGAAAACAGUUUGGACGAACAGAUUAUGGCACUAGCGAAAAUGAAAAUAUUAAAUUUAGGCGGCGUAAUUAUUUCUUAUUCCAUAUUUGCAUGCUCUUUAUUGUUCCUAUGUAGAAAACUAUGUAACAAAUCUAUUUAAUACCCUGGACGUUUUACCUUCUCAAGAAAUGGAACUAUGGAAGGUAAAAGCCUCCAAGGACGGCUCAUCAGAAAAUGAAAGUGCAUUUUAUUAUUCUCUCUAGAGUUUUUGUUAGUGUUAAGUACCUCAACUAUAAGAAAAUGGAACUUGGUUUUUAAA